UUUAAACAGUAAGAUAUAUAAUGUGAACGCCUAUAAUUUGUUAGAAUUGGCGCUCUUCAUAGUCGUCUCCUUCACACGUUUUUCUGAAGGCGGAAGAAAAAAACUUCUCUUCGUCAACUUCUUCGUCAGCUAUGGCGGCGCUAUUCAAUUGCCGGCCGGAACUUAUCCACUUCUUCUCUAUUUUCUCCUUCUUCCUUCUCUUCCCCGUCGCUUUUUCCGACGAACUUCAAACACUUUUAUCCAUCAAAUCCUCUUUAUCAAACCCCACCACCAAUGUAUUCCAAAAUUGGGAACCCAAUACUCCUCUCUGUAAGUUCACUGGCAUCACAUGUAAUUCCGAUGGGUCAGUCAAAGAAAUCGAGCUUUCGAGUCAAAAAAUUUCUGGGUUAGUUCCUUUUGAUAAAAUAUGUUCACUUAAUUCAUUGGAAAAGCUCUCUCUGGGUUACAAUUCAUUUUCUGGGGAAGUUACUGAUGAUUUGAACAAGUGUGUUAGCUUGAAUUACUUGGAUGUUGGUAAUAAUGAAUUUACUGGGUAUUUCCCUGAUGUAUCUUCACUCAGUGAGUUAACCCAUUUUUAUGCAAAUAACAGUGGGUUUACAGGAAAAUUUCCAUGGAAUUCUUUUGCCAAUAUGAGCAAUUUGAUUGUGCUUAGCCUUGGUGAUAAUCAGUUUGAUCGGACACCGUUUCCUGAAUUGAUUUUGAAGCUUAAUAAAUUGAAUUGGCUCUACUUAUCGAAUUGUGAGCUUGAAGGGGAAAUUCCUGAAGAAAUUGGAAGUCUUACAGAGCUGAUUGAUUUAGAGCUGUCGAUGAAUCACCUUACUGGUGAAAUUCCUUCGGGAAUUACGAAGCUGAAGAAAUUAUGGCAGCUUGAGUUGUAUGAAAACCAUCUGACAGGGAAGUUGCCGGUUGGAUUUGGGAAUUUGACAAGUCUUGAAUAUUUUGAUGCUUCGACUAAUAAUCUGUACGGUGAUUUGUCGGAAAUUCGAAAGUUGAAUCAAUUGGUAAGUUUGCAGUUAUUGCAGAACCAAUUUUCAGGGGAAGUACCAGCAGAAUUGGGAGAGUUCAAAAAGCUGGUGAACAUCUCUUUGUACACUAACAAACUCACUGGUCAGCUUCCGCAGAAGUUGGGUUCUUGGGCGAAUUUUGAUUUCAUUGAUUUAUCAGAGAAUAGUUUCACUGGUCCAAUUCCACCGGACAUGUGUAAGAUGGGGACGAUGAGAGGAUUAUUGAUACUUCAGAACAAUUUCACUGGCGGAAUCCCUGAAAGUUAUGCUAAUUGUACAACAAUGACGCGGAUUCGAGUGAGCAAAAACUCACUCUCCGGUGUGAUUCCUGCAGGAAUUUGGGGGCUACCAAAGCUCGAAAUCCUUGAUGUUGCAAUGAAUGAGUUUGAAGGUACUAUUACUUCUGAUAUUGGAAAUGCAAAAUCUUUAGGUGAAAUUGAUGCGGCUAAUAACAGAUUCUCUGGUGACUUGCCUUUUGAUAUUUCGAAUGCUUCUUCCUUAGUGAAAAUUGAUUUUAGUAACAAUCAGUUUUCCGGUGAAAUUCCGGGAACAAUUGGGGAGCUUAAGAAGAUUGGUAAUCUUAAUUUACAGAACAAUAAGUUUUCUGGUUCAAUACCAGAUUCUUUAGGCUCUUGUGUUUCACUAAGCGACAUUAACAUGGCUAACAAUUUGCUUAGUGGCUCUAUUCCUGUUUCUCUAGGAUCAUUACCGACUUUAACUUCAUUAAACUUGUCGGAGAAUCAGCUUUCAGGGAAAAUUCCGACGAGUUUAUCAAAUCUGAAGUUAAAUCUUCUUGAUUUUUCCAACAAUCAGUUGACUGGAGCAAUACCAAACUCUCUAUCAAUUGAUGCUUAUAAGGGUAGCUUUGCUGGGAAUAAUGGUCUUUGUAGCCAAAACAUUAAAAACUUCCGUAGAUGUUAUGGUGAAUCUGGAAAGCCUAGAGAAUGGUACACUCUGUUGAUCUGUUUAUUGGUGGCUGUGAUUGUGGUGCUCGUUUCAUUUGCGGGUUAUUUGUUCUUGAAGAAGAAGAGUCAUAAGGAACAUGAGAGGUCUUUGAAGCAAAAUUCUUGGAAUACAAAGUCAUUCCAUAUAUUGACCUUCACAGAGGAUGAUAUUCUUGAUGGAAUCAAACACGACAAUUUGAUUGGAAAAGGUGGUUCUGGUAGUGUAUACAGAGUGCAGCUUUCAGAUGGAACAGAUUUCGCGGUGAAACAUAUUUGGACUUCUGAUUCAGGAAACAGGAAAAUAUCAGGAACAACAUCACCAAUGUUGGGAAAGCCAGGGAAGAAAUCGAAAGAAUUUGAGGCUGAGGUUGAAACACUGAGCUCAAUUCGACAUGUGAAUGUGGUGAAAUUGUACUGUAGCAUAACGAGUGAUGACUCGAGCUUGUUGGUGUAUGAAUAUAUGCCAAAUGGAAGUUUGUGGGAUCGAUUGCAUACUUGCAAAAAGAUGUCACUUGAUUGGGAGACGAGGUACGAGAUAGCUCUUGGUGCAGCCAAAGGACUGGAGUAUUUACACCAUGGUUGUGAUAAGCCAGUGAUUCAUAGAGAUGUUAAAUCAAGUAACAUCUUGUUGGAUGAGUUUUGCAAGCCAAGAAUCGCCGACUUUGGUCUUGCUAGGAUUGCUCAAGCUGAUUCAACCAAAGAUACAACUCAUGUCAUUGCUGGAACACAUGGAUAUAUUGCUCCUGAAUAUGGAUACACACACAAAGUGAACGAGAAAAGUGAUGUAUAUAGUUUCGGAGUUGUAUUGAUGGAGCUUAUAUCUGGGAAAAGGCCAAUAGAAUCCGAAUACGGAGAGAAUGGCAACAUAGUUACAUGGGUGAGCAGCAAAUUGAAGAGCAAGGAAAGUGUAUUAAGCAUAGUGGAUUCAAGAAUUCCUGAAGCUUUCGAGGAAGAUGCAAUCGAAGUCUUGAGGAUUGCUAUUGUAUGCACAUCUAGGCUUCCCACAUUAAGGCCAACAAUGAGAAAUGUAGUCAAAAUGCUGGAAAAUGCAGAACCUUGCAGAUUGGUUGGGAUAAUUGUAAGCAAAGAUGAUGGCAGUAUCAAGACAGAACAAUUGAAGGAUCACACCAAGAUGUAAUUGGAUCCCCGUCUUUGCUCGUUUCACUCUUCAACCUGAUCUCUGUCCUCCAUGGAACUUCAAAUCUUGUAGCAGUAUGUAAAGUUUUGAAGAUGGCCUAUUGGCCUUGUAACAUAUAGUAGAAGCUAGAUCCAUACUAGUAUGUGGAAUUAGAUUGAAUUUAGAGAUGCAUGGCAUAAGUGCUAUAAGAUGUAAUACUUGUCUGUGCUAAAUAAAAAUGGGUUAGUUAUUCAAA